AUGGAAUACUCCGGGCUUAUGUCAGCAUCUACUUAUUGUAAAAAAAAUAAUGCCGCUGAAGUUUUAAGGAGGAAACAGGCAGCUGAAAAGGAACAAGAAAUUAAAUUACAAAAGAAGAUAAAAGAAAAAGAAGAAAGAUUAAAACGUGCUGCAGAGAUUAAGAAUCAAGAUCUUCGAGAAAAAACAAGAAAGAUGCAUGAAAAGGAAUUACUCCGUCAAAAGAUGGUCCUUGAUCGAAGGGCUGCCCAACUUGAGCAGGACAGAACAAAAAAAAUGGAGAUUUUAACUAAAGCACAUGCUGCCACAUCACGUCUAUCAGUUGGAAAGUCUAAUAAUGGAUCACCACAACAAAAAAAAUUAUAUGCAUUUGGGUCUAGUACUCCGAGGGAUUUGGUAUAUUUAGAAAAAUUAUCUCGGGAACAAAAAGUUUAUAAUAAUAAACUUACUGCUCCACCAACAACAAGUGGUAAGUCAAGUCAGGGACCAUCGAAUGCCUCAAGUCCAAAUAAAAUACUUUCAAGAAGUAAUGUUGCUUUUGGAAGUGGUAUGACUUCAAGUUUAUAUGUCCCGUCAAAUCAAAAAACUAACCCUAUAAUAAGAUCUCCUCUCAAUCCUGUACCAUUAAGAAAAGGACCAUCUGCUAGUUGUACACCUAACAAAAAUGUUAAUGUUCCUCUUCCACCACGUAGAAGUACUACUAAAAUGUCAUCUUUAAUGACACAAUCAAUGUAUACACCAAAACCUUCUGUUGGUGUUAGAAGCAAUACAAUUCAUAAACAAAAUGGUACUACAAAUGGACUGCAACAUAAAUCAAAUAUUACUUCUACUCCGGCUAAAAAUAUAUCUAAGCCUCCAUUGUUACAAAAACAACAAUUACCAAAGAAAAGCCAACAAUCUAAUGGUGAAGUUAAGAAAAAUAAUCUGCAAGUUAGUAUGCCGGAAGAGCAGAAAACUACUAUAAAAGAAAUUAAAAAAGUGGAUUCUAAUGUUAGUGAAGAAUUAAAUAGUAUAGAAAAAGACAUACAUCUUGAAAAUUCAAAAUCUUUAUGUGAGGGUGAUGUCGAAGAAUGUGUUAAAUAUAAUUUAUCAGCUCAAGUAGAUUUUAAAGUUGACGAAAUUCCAGAAAAUAAUAUUAUUAAUAAAAAUGUUGAAAAAGAAGUAGAAGUGAUAGAAGAUUCUGCACCAACAAUUAUUCCUGAAACACUAAAGCUUCCUGAAAAAGUACCUAUUGUAGAUGAUGAAGUUUCUCCUGAACCAGUUGGUACUUCUGAGGAGAAUAAAUUUGAUUCAGGAGUUGAUAGUGAGACACCGAAUGACAAUGAUCAAGUAUCACGUAACUCUAUUGGAGUUACAUCAAUAACAUCCGCAAUAGCACAAUUAUCUAUACGAACUCCGGUAUUAAAAAAAUCUCCGGAACAAAAUUCAACACUACCCCAUUCAAGUAGUAGUUCUUCAUCCUCUAAUGAGGAUCUUGCUUGUAUUGCUCAAAUGAAAAGUGAAAUUAAAUCGCGUAUACAAAAAGAGAAAGAAGAAAGAGAAAGUCGUAAUGCGCGUAUUCAAGCACUACUUAAUAAAGCACGUGGAACAGCUAAUUCUGAUUCAACGACAACCACAACAAAUACCAAUUCAAUAGUUUCUGGACGAAUAUCAACAAGUCCAAUAUUAAAUAUUGAUAAAAAAGUAGAGGACGAUACGAUCAUAAUACCAGCGACAUCUGAUCUUGGAAUCUCUUUAUCAGCAGCAAAGACACUAGAAAAAUUAAGGAAAAGGAAGGAGCGAAACUCUGAGACAAAUUCAGCUACAUCUACUCCCGUAGUUGAGAAAAGCAUAGCUGAAGAAUUAUCAUCACUUGGAGUUAAUUUACCUGGCCAACCAACAUAUGACUAUCCUCCUGAAGAUCCUAAAGUAAAUGGUGCAAAUUUUACAUCCCAGACAGCUGCGUCUACAUAG